GUGAAAUUGACAGAUCAAAACAAAAGGAAUCACAACGCGCGUUGAAACCACCUGAAAUUCCAACGAAAUUUGGGCGCCAAGAGCCGAACAACGCUGGUUUCUUUUAGGAGGGCCGGACUGCCGAGGGAAAAUCCCUAGUCUUCAAGAACUCUCUCUCUCUCUCUCUCUCUCUCUCUCUCUCUGUUGCUAACCUCACUUCCAUUUUCUUCUUCCUCUUUUUCUUGGAAACCAGACACGGUUUGGUCGACCUUUGCCCUGCUGGCUUUUACUUCAUGCCGCGCAUCUGCGUCGUCUCACAGAUCUGACUUCUUCGAUCUCUCUUUCGCCUGAUACAGAAAGCUCAACGCAGGAUGCAUAAGGUUCAAUAAAGAUUGAUCCGUCGCUUCAGUGAACUAUAUCAGAGGAGGGAGGGUCCUCUAAGGGUAGACUAUAAAAAUACACGCCGAGUUUCUUUGUAUUAGAAAUGUCACAGUACUAUGACAUUGAUGAUAUUAUAGCAGAAGACGAGCUUGUCCCUGCGGUAUUCCAAGUGGCUGCAAAUGGAGUUGGGCUCUUUGAUUCUAGUGAUGAAACAAAUAAGGUUGAACUAGGUUCAAGGGUAGAGCUGCCUUUUUGGCUUGCUCGUGAGCUACACCUGAGACAAGCAGUAUCCAUUAGUCUACCCCCGUGUUUCAAUCAAAAAACAAGGGACGAGCUUGCAGCUGAUGCUGCACAUGUUGAUCUAAAGAAUCGAUGUCCAUACUUCUAUGAAUUGGGAUGCAAAUUAUUUGCACUAGCUGGCGAUAAGAGCAUUGCAUUCUUGCUCUUAGCCGCGUUUCAAACCCGGUAUAAGGAAGUGCUGAUCAAGGCACAAACUGCCGCAUUGGCCGUGGCUCCAAAAUUCUUGACAAUUUUGACAAAAGAAGAAACGAAAUUGUACGAGGCUGCCCAAUCCUCAAUGGCAGCAUUUAAAAAGUGGAGAAUGGGUGGACCUAGAUUCCACAAAGCUUCUGUUCUCGGAAGGAAACGAAGACCAUCAGAUUAGGCCCUGCUCUGUGUUGUGAUACAUCUCAUCGGCGUGGCAUUAGGAAAUAGAUUACUUGCUCUGACCUUAAUUGUGCUACUGUGGUGUUUCAAAUGGUUUCGACUACUAAUUUUUAUCGUAUCAAAAAUGAAGUGCAGGCUGGUGAAUCAUGUUAGGCCCUAUUUGGUGGUCCCAAAUUUCCAUUACCGAUUUGCUAACACGAAAAGUUUUGUAGUAAUUCAUCUCAGAGGUUUCGAAAUGGGCCUACUGUUCACUGCUUCUAUUCUUUCAUUCAUCUUUAAAUAGUACGGAAUUGUAAGUGGAGUGGAGUGCA